UUCGGUUUUCAUAAAAACUACAGACCGUUGCUAAUGGAUGAAGGCACCUCUCAGCCGUAACUAGACCGAACGACUGCUUCCACACUACAGAAUCAACCGGCCAGGCAGGCAUCGUGGGGAUAGAUAGGCUGGAGGAAGAUCAUCUCUCUUGGAGGCCUUUACAGAUGGUGUCCAUUGCUCCCGGUAGUGAGAUGGAGACAGAGCCCUGCCCUGGAGAGCAAGAGAAGCGGGUUGUGGAGACCAAUGAGCCAGAGUUGAAGGAGGCCUACACAGGUCCUGGUGACAAGGACAGUCAGAAAGAGAAGGAACUGUCCCAUGGGCCUCAGCAGGAAGAUACGGAGCCCCAUGGGGAGGGAGACCCCAGGACAGAAUGCCAGGGUGGAGGUAAUGCUGGCACUACAUUAAACACCCUCUCUGUCCCAGAGAAGACAGAGACCCCCUGUGUGGAAGAGAGGAAGCUGAAGAAGACCCCCAGUUUUGCAAAAACAGUGAGGUUCUGCGAGACACAGUCUGUGGAGGACAGGGAGAGCUCAGAGGAGAGUCUCUUCCCAGACCAUGAGAUGGUGCAGUGGAUCUCCUCCAGCUUUGAGGAGCUGUUCCUGGCUGAAGACUGGGAGGACAUCACAGAUGACCGCCUGUUGAGGAAGAAGGUGCUGGCGCCUGGCCCCCAGAAAGCUGAGCACCCAGCCUGGGGUCAGGAGGUCACAGUCAAAAUGCAGGGAGUGCUGGAGGAUCGGAGUGUGGUGGAGAAAGACCGUAAACUGGUGUUCGUCAUCGGAGAGGGAGAUGUCAACCAGGCCCUGGAGGAGUGUGCUAUGGCCAUGCAACAGGACGAGAUCACAUUACUGCUGGCAGAUUCACAGUACACCUAUGGACUUCUGGGAAGGGAGCCUGAUAUUCCAGCCUGGGCCCCCUUACUCUACCAGCUACAACUCCUGAACAUCAGAGAGAAGCCCGACCCCCUGAUUCUCCCCAUGUCUGACCGUAUACGCAUCGGCAACCAGAAACGAGAGCGGGGGAACUUCCACUUCCAGAGGGAGGAGUACAGCAUGGCUACCAGGGCCUACUGGAUGGCUCUGGAUGUCCUUACUACACACACUAAAGAUGGUGGAAAUGCUGUGCUGGUGGAGGGGGAGGAGGUGCAGGACUACCGGGUGAAGUGUCUCAACAACCUGGCAGCGGCUCAGCUGAAACUGGAGCAGUACGACGACGCACUACACACCAGCCGGGAUGUUUUGUCCCUGGACCCACAAAAUGUCAAAGCCCUCUUCAGAACAGGAAAGCUUCUGUCAGACAAGAGCGAAUACGGGGAGGCCAUGGAGAUACUGAAGAAGGCUCUGAAACUGGAGCCGUCCACCAAGGCCAUCCAUGUUGAGCUGUCAAAGCUAGUGAAAAGGCAAUCAGGAGGCAAAAACACCCAGAAGUGGCAAGCCAAACCUGCCCAGCUCCUUGGAGACAAUAUUGCCCCAUUUCUGACUCCUAACAAGAAGCCACCUGGAAUUUCAUGGAAGUUCCUGCUUGGUGCUCUGGUGGUGGCCUUGGGCAGUUUAGUGACGUCAGUGGUUCUGACUGCAAGAAACUGACGUCUUCUGCAAAGGAACUGUCCAGCACAUGAAUAGUAAAGUGACGUGUGUCUGCUGUGAAUAAUAAAUAAAACACUGCACUAUG